UAAAAAAGAAAAAAGAUUUAAGCAAAAAAAAAAAAAAAAAGAUUUUUUUUAUUAAACUAUCGUGAUUCACGUCUUUAAAAUACGCAUCGAUUACAGUGGGAACAAGCUCUACCAACAAAGUUGGUUUCGCAAAUCAACGUUUGUUUGAUCCAAAAAAAUAAUCUUCAGCGAGAGACAACGGCUUCCAGAACGAGCCGAGAGGACGAAGAAGAGCACGUGUGGACGUAUUUACGUAUUCGACAACGAUGGCAUUAUCCUGAAACGGGCAUGACGCCCUUGGCCUCGAGAUGCGACGAGACUACCACCCUCCUACUGUUGCUGCUACUCGAGCUGGCACCCGGGGCACGUUGCUAUUCGCGCGCGGCCGCAACCUCAGCUUCGUCUUUACCGAGAUAGCAUUUACAGUCCCCGGCGAGGGUGCGAGUGAUGCCGCUUCUCGGCAGCAUUAUGACCAUCGCCGUCGAUAAUCCGACAACGGCGUCCACGAGCGUCUUUGAGGGGAACAUGACGUGGUCUCGACCAGUCACUGGUGGCUCUACGUUUCCGAGUAACGAGGCCCUUUCAACACGUGCGAUCCCGAACGGUAAGCAACAUCGGCGUCCAGCCGUGACAGCUACCAGUGGUCGUGUUAGUCGCCUCCUUGGCGGUAAAGGUGCUGAGAAAGGAUCAAGCAAGAACGCUGCUAAAAACAACGAAAAACACGUUGAGAGAGACGGUAAAGACGAGCGUAACGGCACCACGACGACCGGAAAAGAGGGCGUCGAGGCAAUAAAAAAGGAAGCUUCCCACCGUUGCGAUCGGACUUCAGAAACUCAAAUUUGCGGCAGAAACACCGUAGGCGCGGCAAAGAGUAGUGGGGAAACUGCAUUUACUGGUGAAGAAAAGGGGGCAGGGCUAAGUACUGGGGGUGGCAGCAGUGAACAAAGUGUUGAUAGCAUAGGCAGUACUACCGAUAGUGUAAGUGUGAGUACAGGUAUAUUAAACAGCACGGAGGAGGAAGUCGCGAUCGAAUACGGGAAGGAUUUGUUGCUCUUCGGUUUUAGCGACACAAUGGAAGACGCAAUUAAUUCGUUCAACGAUUCGUUUAACGGAAGCUCCCGCCAUUCCUGGAAUAUUAGUUUGUACAAUAACGAGACUUUAAUUGUUUUUGGGGAGGGUAUGUACCCAUCAGGAUAUACUCUCCCGCAUAUUAUACUGGCGUCUAUCCUCGCGACGCUACUAAUGAUCGUGAUCGUUGUGGGAAAUAUGUUGGUAAUAAUUGCCAUAGCUACGGAGAAAGCGCUCAAGAACAUACAGAAUUGGUUCAUAGCCAGCCUUGCGGUAGCGGACUUUUUUCUUGGUCUCGUGAUCAUGCCAUUCUCGCUCGUUAAUGAGAUCAUGGGUUACUGGAUCUUUGGGUAUUGGUGGUGUGACAUUCACUCUGCCAUGGACGUGUUGUUGUGUACGGCCAGUAUCAUGAAUCUGUGCCUAAUCAGCUUAGAUAGGUUUUGGAGCAUUACACAAGCAGUCGACUACCUGAAGAAAAGAACACCAGCCAGAGCCGCGCUUAUGAUUGCCCUCGUCUGGAUACUAUCGGCGCUUGUUUGUAUACCACCAUUACUCGGAUGGAAAAGACCCACUCCGGAGGAAGAAUAUCCUAAAUGCGAGCUAUCGGAGGACAUCGGGUAUGUCCUUUACUCUGCUCUGGGCAGCUUUUACAUCCCAUCCUGCAUCAUGGUCUUUGUGUACAUACGUAUAUACUUCGCUGCCAAGGCACGCGCGCGUCGCGGCAUCCGGAAGCAGCCCCGUCCACGUGUGGUACCGCCGGAAUCGCCUGACAUCAGGCAGACCAGUUUCACUCAGAGCACACCGGCAACCGACACUAAGAAGCCUCCAGGAUCAGUUAUGGAAAAUGUUGCCACGAUCGAGAACCAGCCGGUUCAGAUACCGAUUGUCACAUGUGACUUCGCUAGUGACGUCAGCACGUCGGAAGCUGAUCCUGGCGGAGGCACUAGUAUACCGAUGGAAGAGAAGGAUACGCUGAAGGUGAGUAUACCGAUACCGGCGCAGAAGAGCAACCUGAAAGCGACCCUGUCGGUGAACGGAGACGGGCAGACAGGAGGUCAGAAAGUGCCGGCAUCAGCAUCGGCAUCGGCGACGGCGGUGGCGGCGGCAGCGGCAGCGGCGGUGGCGGCGCGAUGCCGAGCGCCCAGCGUUGGCAUCGACGUUGACAUGGUGUCCGAGUUUGAUCCCUCGUCGUCGGAUAGUGGCGUGGUGUCGAGAUGCGCGGUGGUAAAACCACUCAAGCUGCGACUGUGCCAGCCGAUCUUCGGGCGCAAGCACGUAGGUAAGUCGAAGAGGGAGCACGCUGAUGUAGGGCGUCACGCGGGCAAGGACGAGUCCGACGGGAAGAUGAAGCAGCGCGAUCCGGAGAGAGAGAAGAGGAGACUGGCAAGAAAGAAGGAAAAGCGCGCUACGAUGAUACUGGGUUUCAUAAUGGGCAGCUUUAUCGCUUGUUGGUUGCCCUUCUUUGUUCUUUACAUCGUCAAGCCAAUCUUUCCUGAUUUCGAAAUACCUUCGCAAGCCUUCGUAAUCGCUUUCUGGCUCGGCUACACCAACUCGGCGUUGAAUCCCUUCAUUUACACAGUCUUCAAUAAGGAUUUCCGCCGUGCUUUCCGCCGAAUAUUGUUUAAGUGAGCAAUACGAUAUAUAUGUCAGUGUCGACCAAGAGGGACGCUAACGAUAAUUAUAAUUAUAUUUUCCGUCCUCGGGGGUAUGAGAGAAUAGUACUCCGAUAGUACUCCGAGGAUGUUUUCUCGAUCGCAUCGCGCAACAUCCGAUCUGCUUCCUCGAGCUAUCCUCGAGAGAAACUUUAAUCAUAAGAGAAAGGUGAAAUUUUACAAUGCCGCGGAAACAUUUGCGAAAGAUGGAAUCGGAAAUGCGGAGGAGUUUACGACAAGGCGAGAAGUUUGCGUUUCAGAUCGAAAAAAGUUUUCCCGCUGAUUUUUUCGGAAUACAAAGCGAGCACUGAAAACUGCAGAAUCGCACGUGUGAAGAAUACGAAUCGAGAAGAGACAGCACACGUCUCUGAAUUCGUAUAUUCCUUCGGAAUUGUUGUUAUCUUCCAAAAAAAAUUGACUUUUUUUGCGACCGUCAAAUCAACGUGCAACUUUACCUCUUUACAAAAAAACGCGAGAUACGUCGCAUUGUAACUCGUAUUUUGGAUACGCGAGAUCCAUAACUGAUUA